GACAGUGAUUCAAUUCAUCUUGAAACUAGUCUAUCUUCGCAAUGGAGAGUUUAACAUUGGUACAAAUCGUGAGUUUAGUGACACUGCUUGCAGUUUCGUCAGUCUCAGCCGAAGUUUACUACGAUAGGCCCUGCCGGACGGAUGUGGAAACAGUGCAGGGAUUUUGCCUGGAUCGGUAUCUUGGAAAGUGGUUCGAAAUUGAGCGAUAUGAGCAGGAAUUCGAAACCAACCUGGACUGUACUCAAGCCCAGUAUGGGUUGAUCGACCCGUCAACGGUUUCCGUCAUGAAUUCGGCAUACAGCCUGAUGAAUGACACAGCGAUUGUAGCGAUUGGCACAGCUAAGCUGUCGUUUCCGGAGGAUGAACUCGUACCGGCCAAGCUGAAUGUUUCAUUUUUCGGUGCACCAAACGACCGCUCCAACUACUGGGUACUGGACACAGAUUACGAAAACUUUUCGGUGGUGUGGUCAUGUGAAACGCUGCCGGAGAAUCGGUCACGUGAGAGCUACUGGCUUCUGUCCAGGACGCGUCAGUUGACGCAAGAUGAACAGGUCAUGGAAAGAGUGAAUUCUCUCGUUGAAAAAUACAUCGAUCCUGAGGAAAUCAGAGUGACGAAUCAGUCCGACGAUAGAUGCCUGGUGUUUUGAAGUACUAAAUAAGAUAAGGGUUGCUUAAUAAAUAACAAAUAAAAAUCGUUUACCUUUAUGUAAUGAACGAAAAA